CCGGCCCGGCCGGGCGGGACCAGUGCGCAGCCGGAGCUGGCGGGCGGCGGGGUCCGCGGGGCCGAGGGAGAUGACGGCCGGUGGCCAGGCAGAGGCCGAGGGCGCUGGCGGGGAGCCCGGCGCGGCGCGGCUGCCCACGCGGGUGGCCCGGCUGCUGUCGGCGCUCUUCUACGGUACCUGCUCCUUCCUCAUCGUGCUGGUUAACAAGGCGCUGCUGACCACCUACGGUUUCCCGUCACCAAUUUUCCUUGGAAUUGGACAGAUGGCAGCCACCAUAAUGAUACUAUAUGUGUCCAAGCUAAACAAAAUAAUUCACUUCCCUGAUUUUGAUAAGAAAAUUCCUGUAAAGCUGUUUCCUCUGCCUCUCCUCUACGUUGGAAACCACAUAAGUGGAUUAUCAAGCACAAGUAAAUUAAGCCUACCCAUGUUCACCGUGCUCAGGAAAUUCACCAUUCCACUUACCUUACUUCUGGAAACCAUCAUACUUGGGAAGCAGUAUUCACUCAACAUCAUCCUCAGUGUGUUUGCCAUUAUUCUUGGGGCUUUCAUAGCAGCUGGGUCUGACCUUGCUUUUAACUUAGAAGGCUAUAUUUUUGUGUUCCUGAAUGAUAUCUUCACAGCAGCAAAUGGAGUUUAUACCAAACAGAAAAUGGACCCAAAGGAGCUAGGGAAAUACGGAGUGCUUUUCUACAAUGCCUGCUUCAUGAUUAUCCCAACUCUUAUUAUUAGUGUCUCCACUGGAGACCUGCAACAGGCUACUGAAUUCAACCAAUGGAAGAAUGUUCUGUUUAUCCUACAGUUUCUUCUUUCCUGUUUUUUGGGGUUUCUGCUGAUGUACUCCACGGUUCUGUGCAGCUAUUACAAUUCAGCCCUGACGACAGCAGUGGUUGGAGCCAUCAAGAAUGUAUCCGUUGCCUACAUUGGGAUGUUAAUCGGUGGAGACUACAUUUUCUCUUUGUUAAACUUUGUAGGGUUAAAUAUUUGCAUGGCAGGGGGCUUGAGAUAUUCCUUUUUAACACUGAGCAGCCAGUUAAAACCUAAACCUGUGGAUGAAGAAAACAUCCGUUUGGAUUUGAAGAGCUAGUCUGCGGCAGGAUUGGAGACUGACUUGUGACUGAG